AUGGAGGAUCUGUUGGAGUUGGUGGACCUCUCACCUUUCUACUGGAGUUUUGAAAUUAUUCUCGAUGCCAAGACAGUGAAUACCUUAGCUAUGCCUUACAAUCACAGGACUCAUAAGGAGAACCGAAUUGGGUUCGUUGUCAUGUACUCGCUAACCUUCUUUUUUGCCAAUUUUGGUCCAAACGCAACGACUUUUGUUGUCCCUGCUGAGAUUUUCCCUGUAAGGCUACGAUCUACGUGUCAUGGCAUAUCAGCAGCAUCUGGGAAAGCUGGGGCAAUUGUUGGGGCAUUCGGGUUCUUAUAUGCAGCUCAGAAUCAGGACCCAACUAAGACAAAUAAAGGGUAUCCACCGGGUAUUGGUGUGAGGAAUGCGCUCAUGGUUCUUGGCGGAGUCAAUUUCUUGGGUAUGGUGUUUACAUUCUUGGUGCCUGAGUCGAAAGGCAAAUCAUUAGAGGAAAUGUCUCAAGAGAACAAGGAAGAUGAGGACGGAUCGACAGAGAUGAGACAGCAGACCUGUCAUCGGCAUAUCAAAAUUUGUUGA